UGUUAUGCUCGACUGUUGGGUAGAGACAGACGUGUGACACCACGGAUUACAGUGCGAACUGUCGAACGACUGAAAACGCGGACUGAUUACCUGUGUUCAUGUAUGAAUUGUUACCAUUACAAUAAAUAAAUUAAGACCAAUAUAUUAAAGAAAAAUAACACAGUGCAGUGCAUUAUAGUGAUAUAAUUACAAAAUAUGAAACUUUUCGAAUGCCACUGAAAUAUUGCUGAACUUAAAUUUUAUUAUUAUUAUGUAAGCAAAGAACUCUGAUGUUUUUAACGUAACUCUCAUAAAAUAGGCCUUGAUAUGACGAUGCUUGCGAUGGCGCGAGGAUCCGAGGACCGUCGUGACGACGCCGAGGCCGAGACUGAGGCCGAAGCCGAGGCCAACGGGGAAGUAGACGUGGUAGGAGUCGAGGAGGCUGCUCCCGUAGAUUUAACAAGAAGAUUAGGAUUGACGAGGCCAUCUGAGCGAGCGGCGAUAGCAUUUUCUGUGGAGAAUAUAUUGGACCCGAAUAAGUUCACUGGCAGGUCCGAAGUGCCUCUGCGCUAUGACGAACAAUAUUGGAGACCGCAUUAUGAUAGGGAUGAUAGUGAUUCCGUUAAGGAUCAUCUCCAACACUCAGACCUUGAAGCUGAUGACGUGGAAACCGAUGACCAAACAUCCAACAUGGACGACGAUAUCCUUACACAAUCGGACCUUGACGAGAACGGCGAUCCUAAAAGUCCAACUAGUUCCAGUUCUAAGAAAGGCAAGAGUAGCUCCUCGAGAGACUCCAAGGGAGGAACGAAACCCAGAAGGGCAAGAACAGCGUUCACAUAUGAACAACUAGUGUCUUUAGAGAAUAAGUUUAAGACAACGAGGUAUUUAUCAGUAUGCGAGAGACUGAAUCUGGCACUGAGUUUAAGUUUGACAGAAACACAGGUCAAAAUCUGGUUCCAAAAUCGCCGAACAAAAUGGAAAAAGCAAAAUCCGGGGAUGGACGUUAAUAGUCCGACGGUGCCUCCACCUCCAGCCGGGGGCUUUCCAUCUGGGCCUUACCCUGGAGGCCUGUUGUACUCCCAUGGGGUUCCAUAUCCGUUCACUGGCCCCGGGCCUUACGCGCCUUACUUUCACCAUUUAGCUGCAAACCACCAUCACACGCAUGGGAGUCUGGGACACUCGCACACGUGAUUAUGGCAGCGGCCUGGUGACACCCGGGUCGAUAAGGAGAGUGACAGUAACUGUGGUGUUUCCAAUUGACCUUGAACUUGACCUUGUGAAAACUUGUGAUUAUAUGUAAUUUCGGUUUACGGUCCAGCAGUUGGUUAUGGAAAACGAACAACAAUUUUAAUAGCUGACAAAUUGCAACUAUAUUACAAAUUACAACCAUUGUUUGCAUCAUUUUGAUAUUUGACAUGGUGGUCCGUGAGCCGUCAUAGGGGUAGUAUGUAGGAAGAUCAACAAGAACUAAUUUGAAAAAUAUCCGUAUAUUAAGUUGUUUUGAUUGUUCAAGUUUGAAUUUAUCCUGGUUAAAAAAUUAUCAUUCAAAUAUCGUAUUUGAUUUAAUAUAUUUUUGAAUAUUUAGAUUAUUACUUUUAAACAUCUAGAUGCCUGCAAAUAAUACGACCUAACUUCUUAGUUCUAAUUCUCUGCAUGUUAUCGACAGUCUAAAAAUAGUGCAAUUAAUUUGACAUGAAAUUAUGAAUCGAUUGUGAUAACUAAAUUAUAAGGAAGGAGUAUAAGGUUGUUUUUUUUUUCUAUAAGAAAGUCUUUCAGCUCAUCAAAGAAAGAGAGUAAUAUGAAAGAAUGUUACAUCUUAAGAGGGCUAAGAUGGUGCAAGAUGGUCUUCCCGUAUGACUGGCAAUUGUAAAAAUAAAUAUAAUAUGAUUUUGGUAGUCAUAGCACCUUAAGAAUAUGCAAUACAAUUUAUUUUAAUCUCCACAAUAUACGACAGAAUAAAAUAAAAUCACGAGUUUUAUGAUUUUAAUUUGUUGGUUUAUCCAUCUAUAUUUAAUCUUUUUAAUUACAUUACUAGCUACAAUAUUGUCCGAAUUAGGAGUAAUUACCAAGUCUAAAGACCUAUAAACUUAAAAAAAAGAAUCCAUAAUUGUUUUUUAUGUCAGUAUUUAUUUUAUAUUUCUGACACGUGACUAGGUACGUAUACUACGUAUAUGUGUUUUGACAGAUACAUAGCAGUAAUCUAAUAAUAACAGUCAAUAGACAAAUGGGAAUUUUCGGUCUACUGGCGUUAUUCGAAAAUAUUUCCUCGUAUUAAUAUUUAAUUAUUUUACAUUUCCACUGUAAUUUAAUUUUGUAAUUUUUGUAAAUAUAAUUUAAGUAAAAACUGUACAUGUGUGUGUAAAUAUUUCUGCGUAUAAGUAGUUUAGUAUUAUUAAUUUUUCAUUUAAGUACUGAACUAUUGUGCCAAAAUAUUAUUAUCCAAUAUAAUUUAUGUAGAUUAGAAAUUAAAAAUUAGAUCAACGAAAUUGUAUUUUUAAUAAACAUACUCAGUUACAAUAGCAAAAUCUGUUACCUAUUUAAUUUAUUUAUUUAAAAAUGUAUUUUGAUUAUAUUUCUUAUAUCCGAUUAGGUACCUACUUAUAAUAGAAAAUCAGCAACAUAUUACCUACUGUUUUUACUACCAUUGUGAAAUGUUUUAUUUUUUAUUACGUUCAAAGCUUACCAUAUUUAGUUUUUAUAUUUUUGUAAGUAUUUUGUAAAACUUAUAAUAAUUGUAAAAAUUUAUAUAAAAAUCAAGUACUUACCUAAUCGAAACUUUUAUUGAAAGGCCUAUUUCUGAAUUUAAAAAAAAGAUUAAAUUAUAUUAAAACAUCUUAAAUUUAAUAUGGAUUCCUAUAAUAAGGUAUAAAAUUAGUAGCUAUAUCCCACGGCUUUAUCCGCAUGACUCAGUAUGUGAAGUAUCCUAUGUGCUAAUUUAGGAUAUAACUUACCAGUGUACCAAAUUGUAUUAAAAUAUGUCCAGUAGAUUUUGUGUGAAAAAAUAAUAAACAUCCACUCAUAGUUACGAACUUUCGCAUUUAUAAUAUUAAUAGGAUUAUUUUCUCUUUAUAGUACCUACCGAAUUUCUUAUGAAAUUUAAAAACGAUAGAGAUAUGAAAUAUUUAUCCCACUUUUAUUACAAUUAAAAUGAAAACUACAAUUAAAAAAAAAUCUGAAACAUCAUUAACCUUAAUACCUUAUUUAAAUCUUAAAUAUACCUAGUGAAUUGAUACCAAAAAAUAAUAUAUGAUCGGCUGUUAACAAAUGACUUAUUCAGAAAUAGGCCUCGUUCUGCUAAGUUGCCGCUCAACGCUGUAAAUAUAUGUAGCUCGA